CCCUCCAGGGUCGUAAAGGACUACAUGCUCUUCCGCUUCUUCCUGAACCGAGCGAACAUGCUGAGCGAGGCCUUCCAGACGAUGAAGGCCGGAUACGUGGCCUAUCUGACCGGGAGCACCAAGACCCCGCCGCGGUGGAGGUUCUGCGUCAAGUACGUGAUCGGGAAUCUGGGGGUGGCGCUCGCGGCGCCCUUCAUCCGGCGGUACUACGAUCACGAGAGUCAGAAUGAGGCUCAGGAGCUGGUCGCCCAGCUGAGAGACGAGUUCCAGGAAUUGAUCGAGGACCUCUCCUGGAUGGACGCGGAGACGCAAGACGCCGCGAGGAGGAAAGUCCACGCCAUGUCCUUCCACGUCGGAUUCCCUGGGGAGAUCUUCAACUUCACCGAAGUCGACGGGGAAUACGAUCAGGUGAAGAUGGACCCGUGCUGCUUCUUCAACAACCAGUUCCAGCACCUCAGCAACAACGUGAAGAACGAGAUGAAGUUCUACGGGAAGCCGGUGAACAAGACCAGGUGGAACGUCUCCCCCACCGUCGUCAAUGCAUUCUACAACCGACACAAGAAUCAAAUGGGUCCGUCGCAUUAUCAUUUCAGAUAG